AUGCCCACCAACACCAACACCCCUCCCAACCCGCACCCUCCCUCAACUCUCCUCACCACCCUCCUCACCCUCACCGAGUCCACCAUAAUCCCCCUCACCACCACCGGCGUCUCCUCCGGCUCAAAACUCUUCGGCGCCUCCAUCCUCUCCCGCGACACCCUGUCCCCCAUAACAACAGCCACAAACAACGAAGCCCUCUCCCCCCUCCUCCACGGCGAAAUAAACUGCAUCCAGCAAUUCUUCACCACCAUCCCCCCCUCCUCCCGCCCCUCCCCUUCUUCCUGCAUCUUUUUCGCCACACACGAGCCCUGUUCCCUCUGUCUGUCUGGAAUCACCUGGGCUGGGUUCAACGAGUUCUACUAUUUGUUCACCUACGAGGACUCAAGAGACGCGUUCAAUAUCCCGUAUGACAUUGACAUUCUGGAGGAGGUGUUCAAAGUAAGGGGAGAAAAUGAGGGGGAGGGUGAGUUUAAGAGGAGGGGGUUGUAUAACAAGAAUAACAAGUUCUUCAAGAGCAAGAGUCUAGGGGAGCUGAUCGAGGAGGUGGAGGAUGAGAAGGAGAGGGAGUACUUCAGGGGGGAGGUCAAGAGGCUAAAGGGGUUAUAUGACGCGCUCAGUGAGACGUACCAGAAGGGCAAGGCGGAGGGUGUGGGGAGUGAGAGUGUUUGGAAGUAA